UACUCUGGGCUCUCACAGAUAACAGACUAUCAAUUGCAACUGCUGCCCUAAUAUAACAUCUCUUAUUUUUUAUACAAACUUUUGAUCAUGAAUUUCAUAGCUCUUGCUGCCUGCCUUGUCAGCAGUGUUCUGGCCUGGAAUGAAAUUGAAAGAAUACAGGAAUGUGGACAUCAGUGUUCUGAGGGUCUGCACUGCAAAUCUAAAGCACAUUCAUCAGUAUCAUUCUGUAAAAGACUACCAAAAGUUAUAACUGAGCCUGUGUUUCAAAGUGUGAACAUUUCAACAGUCAUGAAGUGUGAAAAAAGGCAAAUGUGCUCUUUGCAUCUAAAAAUUAUGGGAAUUUUGCGCUUUGAUGAAAACAUUCGAGGUGUGAAAAUGUGCUCAAUGUCCCUUGGAACGUCUAAUGAGCAAUGUCAUAUUAUCAGUUUUAAAGCUACAGAUAGGAAGCUUAUUGGACAAGAGGUGCAUGUUCAGUACAAUUGUUUUGAUGUUGUAAUUGGUGAACAGGUUGAUGUAACGCUUAAAACAAUUCCAUAUUAUUGUGAUUUAAGAUUGUCCCAAAGCUACCAUGUUCAAGACUGCACUAAUAAAGACGUAAGACAUAAUAUACCCCAAUGCAUUGCUGGAAAACUAGAUUACACUGUUGAAGUCGAAAGGAAGCUACUGUCUGUGCAAGUUACGGAGCUCCUUGAUUAUAAGGAUUACCACCUGAGACUAUGCCACAAGUGGUACUCCUGUCAAAGCACUGGAUCUUAUGCACUGAUUAAAAGGGAAAACCCCAUGAAAAAUGCAACACUGCCAUAUUCAAGACUUUAUCCCUGUCUUUGCAUUGAGGGCUGGUCUUCCAUGGAAGAUGCAAGCAGAAUUCAACUAUGUCCAUUCAAAAACAACACAGAGGAACUUUGGUCUGGAAUUACAUACAACUCUGCAGCUCAGGAAUUGUCUUGGAAACCUGUUUGCCCCAUUGAUGCUAAAAUAAACCUCUGCUGGACAUCUCGAGAAAAUCUCUGUCUUGACUUGGCAAACACUUCUCAAGACGUCCAUGGGUCAACAGUAAAAUAUGCUCAAGUGGAUCCAAACCCAAGUCUUUGCAUGAAGUUUACUACAGAAGCUGGUUCUUGGAUUAAAUGCCCUUUUAGUAAAGAUUAUUUCCCAGCUUGGGACAUGAAAGUGAUUUCAACACACGGUCAACAGCAAAUAGUCAUUACUUCUCAGAUCAGCACAGUGGUGUCUCUAUCUCUUUGUAAGAAAGGUGAAUCCUUUCUUUGUGACCCUGAAGAAGACUACCUCAUUUCAAUCCUUCUGGAUAAAUCCAAUACCACAAUUGUUAACCUAACCAAUGAAGUAUGCAAGCCAAAUGUGUGUAUCCAGGCAAGAAGAUUAGAUGCUAAAUACUCUGCCCCUGUACAGAAGUGCAAAUUACAGUGCUCACAGGUAAUUCAUGGAAAAGGACAGAUAUGUAACAAAACAAAUGUGUGGAUGAUGGCACUUUCAUUAGUAAUAUUGACAGCGUUCAUUGUGGCAGCUAUCAUUGGAAGUGUAAUGCUAAAAGGUCUGUCGAUGACAAAACAACCUCCAACCAUGAAUAAACUCCACUGUUCUCUACAGCCAAAAGAAGACAGUGAUUUAAUCUCACCGCUGUCAACAUGUUAUGACAAAAAGCCUGCUCAUUCUUUCCAUGCAGACAGUGAGCUACGGACAUUCUGUUGAUAUGUUGGCUUAUUCCUGACUUUUCUCAUGCUGGGAGCUUCUGCAGUUUGCCAACGAUUCCACAUAUGAACCAGAUGCAAGUAAUGGUCUUGGGCCAGUUUGGGGACCAGCUGCAUUACAGGACAUGGCUUGUCCCUCACUGAGCUGGACUUCCAGUUUCUCUGGACUAGCCGACUGCCAAACAUUUCAUUCUCUAGGCAACUGCUCUCACCAAUUUCCCAGCUUCACUAAUGCCAAAGCCAACUGGGCCAUCUUCAUAACUGCAGCCACUAUAUGAAUUAAAAAAAUGAGUGAAUUUUAGAAAAACUUUCUAAACAGAUUCUUACUCAGCUCAUUUUGACCAUUUUAACUCAACCCAAAUACCAAACAUUAAGCAACUAACAUUGCUAUGAAACCACAUGGUAUGAACUCAUUAUUUUGUAUCCCAAGAAGCAGUACUACAGUAUAUCAACAAAUCUAUCUCCUCCAUAUUUGAAGUCUCAGUUACUGUACAUUAUAUAAGCACCAAAUGAUGUAAAGCAUAAAGUGCAAUAUUUUGAUUGUGCUUUGGAAAGACUCCAUGCAGAUAUUAAAUAUAUACAACAAAUAAAGUGCACAUUUCAUUUUGCACUGAAUAACAUUUAUAGUUCUUUUUCAAAAAAUCACAUAGGGACUUUGUUUGGUAAAAAUGGGAUUUUAAAGUUGUGUAUGUGCAAAAAGGAUAUGCUAUCUCAUUCCUUUAGAAAACCGAGGGGUAUAUACAAUAGUCACACAAAUUUGUAUGACUAUUUCUAAAAGUGUCUCAAAAACAUUUAAGUUAAAUUAUUUGCCAAUUUUAUUUUAAUGUUUUUUACAUAUCUUCAGUUAUUACCAUAAAAAUAUAAUAAUUAGCAUUACUUCUGCAUCACAGUCAGGUCCUUUCCCACUUAGUGUAUCCAGUCUUGAACAAUAUUAAUUUAAAUUAUUUAUUAUUUGUAACACAUUUUUACUUUGUAAAUAUUUAUUUGUUGUUACUGUUAUUUUAAUUUAAUUCAGCAUUUCAUCCCUACACCUAACUAAUCUUUACUCUGGAAAUGUACCAGAGAACAUUGUGGAGAUUCCAGUGCUGACAACAAUAUGCAAAGAGUGUUAACAACAUCCCUGCAUAAAUAGAAAGUAUUUUCUAAAGGUUAUCACAAAAGAAUCCUUUGUAAGACCAUGUUUCAAAAUGAAAACCAUGUGAUUCACAUGGCAUUCCGUAGGUUAUUCAAAUAACUAACACAUGACUGAUGUAUUUCUGACCUUCACCCUCAGCCUGAGGUGACAGCUCACUAUACACUGCCGAGUGAAUUGUUUAAAUGCCAAUCUAAAACAAUAAAAACAAUCUGCAGAGAUGCUAAUAAUAUAAUCACUAUUUUUGUCUAGUUAAAAGAAUGCAUUGAACACCUUUGAAAACCCAUUAGAAAUAAAUGUAACAGCAUUUUGCCACAGGCAAUGUACUAUAUUGCUUUGCGUUCAACCACGACGAAGGCAUCAUCGGUGAUACCCCAAGCAUAAGUGAGAUUCCUAGCAUGCUUGGGGAUUUUCGUCUAAGUAUUGUGAAACACUUCUUUUCUUUGGGAGAUGUCCCA